UCAGAAGUACAGAAUGAAAAGAAAAGGUUAGCGUACCGUUGACCGGUGUGAACUUCGAUAAAGUAGCAUUCCGUACAAAUAUUAUUUUAUAAUUGCUGUUUUUUUUUUAUAAUUUAUUCACUGUCGGAAACUGUGAAACAAUGGCAUCUUCGACCGAUGUUGCUACAAUACGAGCACAGAGAUAUUUAAAUGAACCAUUGGUAGAGCGAUGCAGAGAUCUGUCUUUAUUGAUAGACGAGUCAAGCACAACUGAGUUACAGUUGGUCUUUCCACUGCUGAUAGAUUCCUUGUUCGGAAUAGUAGACAAUAUCGGAUGGGGUUUGCACAAUAUUACCCUUAAAAAAACUCCACAUGAAUAUGAGGCACUGUGUCACUUUCUCAGCCCACAAGGACCAAUGUUUUCUUUAUGUUAUAAAUUACUUCCAGACUGUUAUCUCAAGUAUAAUUUUCCAGUGUCAUAUCUUCCAUCAAAAAUACGCUCCAUGUUAGAGGAAGCUAUAAUAUCACCAUUUUACCUUGAUAAGAUAAGAGAUGAUCAAGGAACACGUGUCCCUUCAGCUUUAUCUAUGAAUCCCUUUGAGUACUACAUUUUUCAUUUUGCCUAUCAUUUGACCAAUCCUUGGUUACAACUGCAACAGCAAGAAAAUGUAUGGAUGAAUUGGGAAACAGUUUACGUUCAAUUAGCACACUGUUAUCUAUAUCAUUUCCUUCCGAGAGAUAACUCUGCAGUUCUACCAGUGAUCGGGCCAUAUGUGAAGAAGACGCCGCCAAGAAAAUUAACUCAGUCGCCAGAAUUUCGAAGAGAUUGUCAAAAGUUGCAAACUCUGAGACUUCUGAGAACAUCUAUAUUAUCAUCGGGAUCGAUGAGUCCUGGGUCAGGCGUGCCGCAACAGCAGUGCCUACCACAAGUUUGGAGAAGUGAGACUGUAGUACAAGUUUUUCUCGAUUUUUGGUUGGAAUAUACAGAGGACACACAGCUGACUUCCCAAAUGAAUACAUCCUACUUAUCUUCGGUACCACGACGACACAGUAUACAUUCCGGAGAACACAUACGUCUUGUAAGAGCGUUCAUAAAGACACUGCACGAGUUUACGAAUAGCGCUACAGGCGAUAAAAGUGCAAUGGAUGAAUUAAAGAGAAUAAUUCUUCCUUCGGUUCAAGGAAAAAUAUAUACGUUUUUGCGGAAAGCAAUAUAUCAUUGGCCUCUAGACAGCUCGUUUAGAUUGAUACUGGAAGCUUGGUUAAGCUUUAUUCAACCAUGGAGAUAUGUACCGGGAGUAACGUAUACUAAAGAAGGUAAAGCAGAAGAGGAGGAAAGGGGCAAGAUUCACGAUCCCGGUAGAUGGAUCUCUUUCGUUGCCAAUAAUCUAUUAGCAUAUACGGUUGUGUUUCAACAGUUGCUUCCGCGGUUUAUGAGAACUGACCUGGUAGCACCCAAGAAUGCACUAAUGUUAUUUAGAGUUACAAAAGUAUUUUCUCAACCGCACUUGGCAAAAAUGAUAUGCGAAGUGGAGAGUUGUAUAGACGAUGUAGGUUUAAGCAAAGGCCGUAUAACUGCGAAUCAGUGGACAUCGAUCGUUCGGCAACAGAUUCUUGAGUUGGAAGGUCCGACGUAUCAAUAUGUUCCUAUGUUUUCAACAGCCACUAAUCUGCAGGUCGUAUGGUUCUUAAGUAAUAUUAAACAGGCGCAUUUAACAGCGACUAGCCUGGUUGAAGCUCUCGAAGACAGGAGAAGAGGAAAACGUUUUCUGCUUUCUCUAUGGGAAUUCUUUAGCUGUGAAGAGUACUCUUCGGACGAUAUCAGUAUAGAGGAACGACGACGCGUUCCUCUUCUCCUGGCCACCGCUCAACAGCAGCUGAUAGAUAUAUUUCAAAUACAGCUUGAGGACAUUCCACAAGUUGCUAUAGUGGCGGAUCAAGAAUAUCAUGACAGUAUUCUAUCGACUUCUUUUUGUCAUCAAUCACAGAUGGAAUUCAGCUUUGAUUCGAGUAGACCGGGUACUUUCGUACCGUUGCAAGAGGGUAGACAGACGUGUCGGUACAUCGAAUAUAUGGGUGAUCCAGAGUUGCAACCAGUGCGAACGAACGAAUGCGCCUUUCUUGUUAGGAAUUUUUACAAACUGUGCUGUUACAUUAAUCUCAAGUAUCGAUACGAGAUAAUCACACUGUACAACAAACGAAGCUUCCUCGGUAGUGUUUGUCGGCAAUUAAUUACUCCAUAUACCACGAUUGUAAAGUUACCCAAACGAACGUCAAACGGAUUUACCAGUGGCUCUGAGGAACGAUUGCCACCUCGAUUAAGUUUACGACCUUUAGCUAAUUACACCCUCCUCAUGAGUAUAUCAAUUGGUACAUUGAUCGCAUGGCUCACUAAUUACGGUCCUUUCAUGUUCCUGGGAUUUAUAUUUUUAAUGUGGUUUAUGUAUAUAAUCAUACGUGCAACGUUGCAACACUAUUUUCCAUCUAGCACAAGUGUUUUCAGACCAAGUGCGAGUUCAUCUUCUAUUAAUCGAUGAUACUUUCGAAUAUUAAGAUGAAACUACUAUAAGCAAUUUUGGACGAAACGUUUUUGCGAAUAAUGAAUAACAAUUUUGGAUACAUGUUUGUAAUUGUGUUAAAUAACAUAUUCGAUAUAAAAUACACUAUCAAUAGCACUGCUUGCAAACCAUUAUUUUAAGUAAUUACUCUAAGUAUAUAUAAUUGCAUUAAAUUAAA